CUGAGCAAAUCUUCGACCGGGCCUUCACUCUUCACGACCGAUUCUGAGCAAAUCUUUGACUGGGCCUUCACUCUUCACGACCGAACACGACCUCGCCGUCACGAAUCUUCACGAACCUCGCCAGAAUUUGUCUCCCUUGUUCAUCGUUUGUUUUCUGUUGGGUUUGCCUUGGAGUUGUUCAGGAAGCAACAAGUGGAUUUUCUAAUUGCUACGGAUGUUGCUGCUCGUGUAAGAAUAAGAUUUUUCUUUCAUGCAGCUAAACUAGUUGGGUGCUUAGAGUGGGUGUUUGGGAAGUGGGAAUGA